ACACACACACACUCAUGUAUGACGGACUAAAUAAACGACUGAAUAUCUUUUCUGUUCUUCUUCUCUGUAUAUUAUUCUCUAUUAUUAGACUCGUUUCUCUUUCUCUUCAUUUAAUCUCUUCUUCAUCUUCCUCUACGGAUGAAGUAAUGCGCGCUCUCGGCUCUCGUCCGCGUAAAUAAAUCCUGCGGCGCGUCCCCGCGGCGCCCGUGACCGCGCAGCACACGAGCGCGGAUAUUUCCAGAGAUCCCGUCGGGUCUGAUGGAGGACUUUUCUCGGGUCUGAUGGACUUUUCUCGGGUCUGAUGGAGGUCAGGAGCCUGGCAGCAGGCUGUGAGCGGGCGAUCAGCGAGACUUUCUUUUAGUAAUUGUUGGUAAUGAGAAGGAGCAGCCCCUCUGCCAGCUGGCGGGUCUCCAGAUGUGUUUGGCUGCUGAUUGGAGGAGGCUGUACUGGUGGGUGGUCCUCCAGUGGGUAGUGGGCGUGGCUCUAUCGGCGCCCUGCGCUCAGCGCUGCGACUGUCUGCCAAAGCUCCUGAUAGCGAACUGCUUCUCAAGACAGCUGUCCUCCGUUCCCGCAGGUGUUCCUGACAACACCCUGUCACUUAACUUAACCAGCAACCUCUUAAAGACUCUAUCGCAGCGACAGUUCUCCGGCCUCACGCAGUUACGCGAACUGGACCUCAGCGAUAAUGCACUAACAGUGAUCGAGGUCGGAGCCUUCGCCGGUUUGCAGAAUCUCGUCGCGCUGAAUUUAUCCCGCAACCAUCUAAAGAUCAUCCCGGUGGGAGCCUUCUCCGGCCUCCGCGGCGUUCAGUUCCUGGACGUGAGCCGGAACGAGAUCUUGGUGCUCCUCGACGAUAUGUUCGGCGAGAUGUCGUCUCUCCAGAAGCUGGAGGCCAGCGAGAACGAUCUGGUGUUUAUCUCUAACCGUGCUUUCGACGGCCUUUCUGACCUGCAGGAGCUGAACCUCGACCGGUGCAACCUGACGUCGGUGCCGACCGAAGCGUUUUCGAGGCUCUCCGGAAUUAUCCGGCUGCGCUUGUGCCGAUUCGGACUCACAACGCUUCCCAACAACUCCUUCCGCCAGCUGGGACGUUUGCGUGAUCUCGAAGUUUCCCAUUGCCCUUGGUUGGACUCGUUAGCCGCUAACAGCCUGUUUGGACUCAAUCUCACAUCGCUAACACUCAGCCACUGCAAUCUGAGCGCGGUACCCUAUUCCCCCCUGCAUCACCUCGUCUACUUGCGAUACCUGGACUUAUCAUAUAACCCAAUCACCGUUAUCCUUUCCAACCUUCUUGGGGAUUUGCUACGACUCCAGGAGCUGCAUGCAGUCGGUACAGGGCUUCUACGGAUAGAGCCCGGCGCUUUCCAAAACCUUGCGCUUCUACGGUUCCUCGACGUGUCGGAGAACCGUCUGCCGACGCUGGAGGAGUCUGCCUUCCAUUCGGUCGCCGCUUUAGAUGUUCUUGGAUUGGAUGGGAACCCAUUGGCGUGUGACUGCAGGCUUCUUUGGGCGAUGCGCAGACGCCCGUGGCUUCGCUUUGAAGGACAUCCGCCAACUUGCGCAACGCCUGUGCAGGCGCAAGGCCGGACGUUUGCUGACUUCACGGAGGCUGAGAUUCCGAGGUUGUUCAUGUGCAGACAAGCUCGCAUUCUGACUCGGAAGCCGCAGGAUGUUCGUACGGACGAAGGACAUACGGUUUUGUUCUUCUGCGCAGCUGACGGAGACCCAGCGCCGUCGAUUAUUUGGCUGAAUCCCAAACGCUCCCUUAUUUCCAGCUCGGGUCGGAUUCGCACGCUCGCUAACGGGACCCUGGAAGUGCGCUACGCACAAGUACAGGACAGCGGGUAUUACCUGUGCAUCGCUUCGAAUGCGGCUGGGAACGACAGCGUCUCGGUGAGCCUGCGAGUGCGAGGGUUUCCAGCGUCCGCUCGCAACCGCUCUGGCUCGUUCUUCCUGGACGGCUGGAGCUUCACGUCUGGGCAAGCGGCGGUCAACGGGUCGCAGCCGUUUCCGUUCGACGUGAAGACGCUGGUGAUCGCGGUGACCAUGGGCUUCCUGUCGUUCCUGAGCUCGGUGGCCGUCUGCUUCGUCUUCAUGUUUUUCUGGAGUCAGAGUAAAGGGCAGAUCAAGCACACGGCGACUAUCGACUUCGUGCCCCGCAGCACGGCGAUGACGUCCGGAGGCGGGCGGUCGAUGGAGACGGGCAGGUUCACCAUGAAGCUGAUCUGAAAACUUGACAACAUGAGAUGUUCGAGGUGCUACUAGAUAUCCAGUUUCCCAUAAGCUUAAACAUGAGAGUACGAUGCAUGAAAGGGUUAGCUCACCCCAAAAUUACAAUUCUGUCAUGAAUCACUCACCCUCAUGUCAUUCCUUGGGGGAGAAUUGUUAAAAGCAGGUGUUUUACAUAAAUUUAGGAUUUAGUUUUCUUUGCGCACAAAAAGUAAUCUCAAAAUUAAAAGUAGAGCAUCUCAUGUCCUGAAGAUCAACAAAGGUCCUACGGGUUUGGAAAAACAUGAGGGUAAAAAAUGAAUGACUGAAUUUUCAUCUUAGAAGAAUUAACCCUUAAAGCUCCUUGUCAUUCACUGCAUAAAAUUGUUUUUUGUCAAUAAAAGUCUUGUUUUUCAGUACAAAUAUGUUUCAAUUAAAGGGUUAGAUCCCCAAGAAUUGGCCAAUGUUUUACUCACCUUUAAGGCAUCCUAGUUGUAUAUGACUUUCUUCUUUCAGAAGAGUCUAGUUUGAGUUAUAUUAAACUCUAUGAUACACCAGCUUCACAAUAAAGUGAUUUCCUGGUGGAUAUGCGUAUGAUUAGCUGCAGAAGCUUUGAGGAGAGGGCAAGGAUUUAGACAAGAGGAGGCUGCUAAAGUGAGAAAACUGCUCCUGGAAACAUUGUUCUUGUGUAUUUCACAGAAGCUAAUGCUACACCCAUCCUACAUUGUCUUCUGGAACACGUUUCUAUUGUGUACAUGACAUUAUGGUUUUAAAUAUGAGUUUUUUUCUUACGAAAACGGAGGCCUUUAUUCACCUCAGGGAGCCGUGAGGUGUUUAAUCACGGAUGGAUGCACUUUAUUGGACUUCUUUUAAAAUAACAGCCAUUCACUGUCAUUAUAAAGGUUGGAAGAGCAAGGACAAUUUUUAUUGUAUCUCCGAUUCGAUUCUCAAAGAAGAAAGUCCUAUACGCCUAAGAUGCCUUGAUGGUAUUAAAUCAAGAAAACAAAGAACAGAUGUCUGUCACUGGACUGUUAAGUAUUCUCUAUUUGAAAGAAAAACAUUGAUUUUCCAGAUAUCUGAAAGGUGCAGUAUGUAAUGUUAUAUGUACUAGUGGUCAGAAAGGGUUCUGCAGUCCAAACUCAUAAUCCUGGAGAUGUUUCUCCACACCCUCCUCAUGGGGUUGCCAGAUUGAGGAUACGCAACAGAAACGAGCGCGACUGACAAUACGAGGCGCUGGUCCUUCGACUGGAAGUUGAGCUGUUUUAUGCAUGUUUUAAUAUUCCUUAGAUUCCAUUGGCUGGCCUCCACGGCUCUGACACUGAGUAUUGAAAUCCGAUUGGAUGAACGGGCAGUGGGCGGAGUCACUACAACACAAAACGAGAAUGUCUUGGCUGCAUACAGCACCUUUACCCUCUGAGGAUUUCACAGCUUAUUUUGACCAUUCCAUGAUUUUCAAGUUGCUUGAUAGACUUUUAUUUCUUGACGUUUAGGGUCAUGAAUGUACAUGCCUUCCCGGGCUUACAUUUAUAUCCUUUAUUUCUUUUCGUGAGUUGCAUGGAAAGCAGUGCGUUCGAUCCAACCACAAAGAAAACGUCCCAAACGCACUUCAUUCUGUGUAGUUUGUCAGAAAUGAAGGCUUCUUCUGUCCAGUAAAUGUAAAAAUUUUAUUUUUAGAUUUAGAUAUUUGCACUGGAAAACAAAACGAGGUUAGCUGAUGAAACCUGAUCAUUUUCCUCUUCAUUUCUCCAUUUUUGACUUUGGGUUGAAUUUAAUCGUCAUUUAGACUCCUCUGUGAUUUGCCUAAAUUAGAUUCCUGAUGAUCCCAGUUUGCAGUAAUUCAGGUUUGAGAUGAGCUUUAAGUGAUUUUUGUGAAAGGUUUUGAGGCAUUAAAUCAGAUAAACUGAGCAUGAGCUGCAUGAACGCAUGGACGAGACGCUCUGAUCGCAUUUCUAGCAUCUCUAAAGCAGAGAAGGCGAGCAGUAAUGAAGCUUUAAUCACAAGAGAUCUCAGGUUAAUUAAGCUCGGUGUGAAUCGUGUUCAGUAAGUCCUGAGGUAGUUAUAUAAUGCAUUAAAUGACAGAAAUAUUGAAUGCAUCUCAGGAUUAUGUGAAUGUCUGCAUGUGUUAUAUUUUGCUGAUGAUGCUUUUAGAUAAAACAGUGUAACUCACGCAUACAUGGCUUUAUGAAAUCCAACUCAAAGCAAUAAUAUCCCAUCAUGCACUGCUGUUUUACUAGCAUAAACGAUCAAGUGUUUGGUUCGGCUACGAUUCUGUCAAAUCUGUCUUUCUCUCUGGAGCGUUUAUGAAUCUCAUUUGUUUUUGUUUUUUUGCAUAUAUUAAACAAAAAUAUUUUUUUAUUGUUCUACAGACGGUGUACUAGUUAAAGAACGGCUCCGUUUGUUUAUUUAAACUUUGACUGAGAUGUCUUUAAAAUGAGUUAGUUUUGCAAUUUCUGUAAGAAAUAGCUGCCAAAAACAAUAAAGUCAUCUUAAAUGAUGUUUGAUUCAA